UCUGGAUUCACCAGCCGCGGAACUUCCAUCAAGUCACAUGUAAUGGCGGAGGACGACGAUUUUGGGGCGCCAAUAAUAGCCGAAUUGUACAAGCCCCCUGCCCUGUUGCCGAUUGCGCAGCUGAAAGAAUCGCUUCUCUAUGCCAUCGAGACUUUCCCUGUCACUAUCAUCGUCGGAGAAACCGGCAGCGGAAAGACAACACAGAUUCCUCAGUAUCUUUUCAAGACAGGCUGGACGAAUGAUGGCUCCCAAAUUGCUGUUACUCAGCCUCGAAGAAUCGCUGCUACGAGCGUUAGCGCACGUGUCGCCGAGGAGUUAGGGUGUCAAUUAGGACAGGAGGUUGGAUAUUCCAUUCGAUUUGAAGAUGUCACAUCAGAAAGGACGAAGAUCAAGUUCUUGACAGAUGGACUGCUACUGCGUGAGAUGCUCGUGGACCCCCUGCUCAAGAGGUACUCAGUGGUCAUGGUCGAUGAAGCACACGAGCGAUCUUUGAGUUCCGACAUCUUACUCAGUCUCCUCAAGAAGGUACUACGAGCACGACCAGACCUGCGAGUCGUAGUCUCUAGCGCGACCCUUGAUGCUGAGAAAUUCCUCGACUUCUUUGCACCUGAUGAUGGGGAGACUAUCAACAACAAAACUAAAGAGGAAUUUGGAACUAUCGUCAGCAUCGAAGGUCGUACACACCCUGUCGACAUUUUCUAUCUCUCCUCGUCUACCAACAACUACAUCGAAAAGGCUGUGGAAACCGUCAUGAACAUUCACACCAGCGAAACAGAUGGCGAUAUCCUUCUCUUUGUCACCGGGCGGGAAGAGAUAGACGACACAAUUGAUAUGAUCGCAGACCGCAUCGUCGACCUCCCUCAUGGCUCCAAGUCGUUGCAGCCGCUACCUCUAUACGCUGGUCUUCCGACCGAUCAGCAAAUGUACGUCUUCCAGAAAGCUGGAGCGAACGUGCGGAAACUCAUUGUUGCGACCAACAUCGCUGAAGCCUCUGUGACUAUCGACGGCAUAAUCUACGUCGUAGAUACAGGGUACGUCAAACUGCGCGCGUACGAUCCAGCCCUCGGCAUCGAGCGCCUGAACGUAGUCCCCGUUUCCAAAGCAUCUGCCACACAGCGAGCCGGAAGAGCCGGCCGCACACGACCGGGAAAAUGCUACAGACUGUAUACCGAAGCUGCCUUUGAGGCUCUUGAGUCCGCCACUUUCCCCGAGAUCCAGAGGAGUAACUUGGCGCCCGUUGUGCUGCAACUCAUGAACCUUGGUAUCCAGAACCUCGUCCGCUUCGAUUACCUCUCCAACCCACCCUCUGCGCUAGUCGUCCGCGCUCUCGAUCUUCUUUUCUCACUUGGAGCUGUCGAUGUUCAUGGACGCUUGACGAAGCCCCUCGGUACACGCAUGGCAGAGCUCCCGCUCGAGCCCAUGCUAGCUCGCACACUGCUCAACGCGCCCACCUUUGGCUGCCUGUCCGAGAUGCUCAGUAUCUCCGCGAUGAUGACGCUCCAAGGCACCGCUUUCGUAACCCACGACGGCAACCAGAAGCUCCUCGAGAAAGCACGGCGGCGCUUCGCCGUCAAGGAAGGCGAUCACAUUACGUUGUACAAUGUGUUCCAAGCGUUUACGAAUCCAGCUGUGGGGAAGCAGUCGAGCCAGUGGUGUCGUGAGAACAGCCUCAACUACAAGGCUCUGCUCAAAGCCGUCAGCGUGCGCAAGCAGCUGCGGAACUACCUCGAUCGCAUGGGCAUACAGGAGAACUCCCUCGCCUCUUCGGAUGCCAUACGCGUCGGGGGCAUGAGCAUGGCAGAGAGGGUGCAGAGGUGCCUGACGACGGGGUUUUUCGCACACGCAGCGCGCAUGAAGAGCGACGGAAGUUUUGUGACCGUAGGAGGGGAGACGGUGCUUUGGGCGCAUCCCAGCUCGAUUUUCUUCCAUCGGAAGGCGGAUUGGGUCAUUUACCAUGAGAUACAGGAGACGAAGGGAAAGGUAUAUAUCAGGGAUUUGACCACCAUCGAGAUGGACUGGUUGACGGAGUAUGCGCCUGAGUAUUAUAAGGUCAAGCAGAAGUAGACAUGUGUAGUGGGAAACAUCAUUGGGUAUUACGC